GACAGUCGUGAUGGCAGGAGUCGGUGUGCGGAGAAAGUCUCCUGAUUCCUUCUCCCUUGUGAGGGGAAAACUCCGCACGCUGUGGCAGGAGAAGCACUUAGUUCUGUUCAAGCCGGAGUAUACUUUGCUGGUGGUGUCUGUUUUGUGGUUCCUGGAGAUUGGGGUCAACGUGUGGGUCAUACAAAAAGUAGCGUAUACAGAAAUAGACUGGAAAGCUUACAUGAAUGAAGUUGAGGGAGUCAUUAAUGGUACCUAUGACUACACCCAGCUGAAAGGAGACACGGGCCCCUUGGUGUAUCCAGCUGGUUUUGUCUACAUCUUCACUGCUCUGUACUACAUCACCAGCCACGGGGUGAACAUUCGUCUGGGCCAGUACAUAUUUGCUGCUUUCUAUCUUAUCACACUGCUACUGGUUUUCAGGAUAUACUACCGCACUAAGAAGGUUCCUCCAUAUGUGUUCUUCUUUGUGUGUUGUGCAUCCUAUCGGAUUCACUCUAUCUUUGUGCUGCGGCUCUUUAAUGAUCCUGUGGCCAUGAUGCUGCUGUUUGGAGCCACCAACCUCUUCAUGGAUGGAUACUGGACACUGGGCUGCUGCCUUUAUAGUUUAGCAGUAUCUGUGAAAAUGAAUGUGCUGCUUUUUGCCCCUGGCCUCCUUUUUCUCCUCCUGUCUGAAUUUGGUCUCGUUAAGACCAUUCCCAAACUCGCCCUGUGUGCAACGAUACAGCUUUUGCUGGGUCUGCCGUUCCUGAUUAAAAAUCCUGUUGGUUAUGUGAGCCGGGCCUUUGAUCUUGGUCGUCAGUUCCUGUUCAAGUGGACAGUGAACUGGCGCUUUCUGCCAGAGUGGCUCUUCUUGAAUCGAUAUUUCCACUUACUACUGCUGACUGCUCACCUGCUCACCCUGCUGCUGUUUGCCAUCUGCCGGUGGAAGAGACGAGGACAAAGCAUUAUCGAACUCUUCAAGGAGCCAGGCAAGAGGAACGUCCCUGUCCAGAAAAACUCUGUGGAUCAAAUAGUACUGGUUCUGUUCACCUCUAACUUCAUUGGCAUGUGCUUCAGCCGUUCACUGCACUAUCAGUUCUAUGUCUGGUACUUCCACACACUACCUUACCUGCUCUGGAGUGGAGGAGUCAAGAAGCUGGCUCACCUGCUCAGGGUCUUAAUCCUGGGUCUUAUUGAGCUGUCCUGGAACACCUACCCCUCAACUAACAGCAGCUCAGCUGCCCUCCAUGUCUGUCACUUUAUCAUCCUCCUGUGUUUGUGGCUGGCUCCGCCCCUGCCUUCAGCCCCAACAGAAUCAUCAGGACGAACAUCUGUCAAGGACAAACGUCAGUGAACUACAGCCAGAGUGGGUUGGAUGGUGAUGUAAUCCGUUUCAUCAUUUGGCAACCAGCAUCCGCCCCCCCCACUCUGACCUUACAGCACCGGUGUAGAUGGAGGUUACAAAGGUGGGCUGUCUUACAUGCAAAAGGAACUGUUUGAUGCUCAUCAUCUUGCUGCUAAAAGUGACAUAAGUGCAGUUUACAGGCAGUUGAUAUGGAAAAUGGUAUGUAGUCAUCCCACACAGUCGAUGAGUUAAAAAGAGAAAGAAAAUGGGAUUCUCAGGUUUUAUUUUUUGAUAUAUAUUUGGAAAAGCAAAAUGUUUUGAGUUAAUGGCUGUAUUGAAAAAUACUGCAAGAAUCAGUUUCACUGUCUAUAAUUUUACAUUUGUAAAAUGUACACUCUGUUCAAGAUUCAACUGGUCUAUUUUUUUACUUUGAGAUUAUGAAAUGAGCAAAAAUAGACAUUUACUAAUUAU